AUGGACCAUCACCAAUCAAGCAACUUAUUCAGAUUCAGCUUGUCACAACUAAGACUCCCAAAAUCGGCUAGGUUGAGAGCAUUUGGAAUCUACUUUUCAGGCGCCUUGUUCUCCAUAGGAUUCUGGUCAUUGAUAGAUGCUGCUAUCUUCUCGAAAACGGUGAAUGCUUCAAAUGUCCAUGUCACAUUUAUAGAUUGGAUCCCAUUGAUUUGUUCUCUGCUUGGAAUGCUAAUUGUCAAUUCUAUCGAGAAGAAUAAUUUAAUGAAUACAGACCAGCAAGGCGGUACCAAUGCCGGUGGCUUAUUUGAUGAUUCAGGAAAUUACGUAUGGGCUGCCAGGAUCAUUUUGUUUUUGGGUUUCAGUUUAUUGGCUGGUGGUGUAGCUGGUAGUUUUAUGGUUUUCAUAUUAAAAUAUUUGAUGAAACAUUAUGGUUUCCCUACAUUGGGCAUGGGUGUUGCUAAUAUCGUUUGCAAUUGCUGUGUGAUGUUGAGUUGCAUUGUCUUGUGGUUAUCACAGAACAUCGAGGAUGAAUAUAGCUACAGCUUGGCGUUGUAG